AUGAUAUACGCCGGCCAGAGAGAUGAUAAGAGAAGCCCUCCGUCGCCCUCAAGUACACGCGGCCUCGAGCUCACCACCCUCUCUCCUCCCUCACCUUCGCCAGAGGAGUCUCAAUUGCCCUCUGUGACUUCCCCAGAAGAGGAACCUCUGCUUCGCACGCCCUCCUCCCCUUCAUCAUCUGGUCCUUCGACCCCAUCUCAGCUUCGCAGGAGGAAGAACCUCGCAGCCCUCACGAUGGAGAAAGUACGACAUGGCAGUGUCGCCAUACGGCGGUCGAAGGUCGCCCAGACCAUUGACAAGCUGGCCGUUUCCUCUGAGCCUGGCCUCACCAAUGCCCAGUUGAUGUUGACAAACCACGACUUGAAGCCUGUAGAGCCAGAGCGACGUCAAUGGGGCCCGUGGAACUUCGUCGGGUUCUGGAUUGCCGAUUCCUUCAAUAUCAACACCUGGAUGAUAUCGUCCAGCAUGAUUGCCAAUGGGUUGUCAUGGUGGCAGAGUUGGAUCUGCGUGUGGAUUGGAUACCUCAUUGCGGGUUCCUUCAUCUGCUUGACCGGCAGAAUCGGCGCAACAUACCAUAUCCCUUUCCCUGUCGUUGCGAGGGCAGGCUUUGGCAUUUGGGGAAGUUUGUGGCCGGUGUUCAAUCGUGCUGCGAUGGCUUGCAUCUGGUAUGGCGUGCAGUCGUGGAUUGGAGGCGAAUGUGUUACCCUCAUGAUCAGAUCCAUCUGGACCAGCUAUGCUAAGUUACCAAAUCACAUGAAGGACUCUCCUGGCACCGAUCUCGGCAUGUUCAACACUCGCGACUUCGUAUCCUUCUUCCUCUUCUGGCUCUGCUCCUUGCCCGCCAUCUGGUUUCCCGUCCACCAAAUCCGGCAUCUCUUCACGGUAAAGGCAUUCUUCGUCCCGGUGGCCGGAGUCACAUUCUUCAUCUGGUCAAUCGUCAAGGCUCACGGCAUCGGUCCCAUCGUUCAUCAACCAUCAACAAAGCACGGCAGCGCACUUGGAUGGGCGGUCGUCCAAGGUAUUAUGAGCAGCAUCGCCAACUUCGCUACCCUGAUCGUGAACGACCCCGAUUUUGCCCGUUUCGCCAGGAAACCCAAGGAUGCCCUAUGGUCACAAUUCUUCACCAUCCCAAUCGGUUUUGCAGUGACAUCCUUCAUCGGCAUCAUCGUCGGCUCCUCCAGCGCUGUCAUCUACGGAAAAGCCAUCUGGAACCCGCUCGACCUCCUGACAUAUUUCCUCGAAAGCCCAGUGGACGGCCACAUGGCGAAUGGCCCCGCACGCUUCGGUGUCUUCAUCAUCGCCUUUGCUUUUGCACUCGCUCAGCUAGGUACCAACAUCGCAGCCAAUUCGGUCUCUGCAGGAACAGACAUGACGGCCCUGCUCCCUCGCUACCUCAACAUUCGACGAGGCGGCUACAUCUGCGCUCUGGUCGGAUUGGCCAUGUGUCCUUGGAACCUCCUCUCCUCCUCCAACAACUUCACAACCUAUCUCUCCGCCUACUCUGUCUUCCUCUCCUCCAUCGCCGGCGUCAUAAUCUGUGAUUACUACAUCGUUCGCCGCGGCUAUUUCCAGAUCCGCGAUCUGUACUCCGCCCGCCCAUCCUCUCCCUACUACUACGCCUACGGCUUCCACUGGCGGGGGUAUACCGCCUACAUUUGUGGUAUCCUCAUCAAUAUUGUUGGCUUUGUUGGCGCCAUUGGGAAGCCGGUGCCCAAGGGAGCAACGUAUAUCUAUAAUUUGAAUUUCUUUUGUGGGUUCCUCGUCGCAAGCGGGUCGUACUGGGCGCUUUGUAAGAUUAGCCCCAUUCCGGCGGUCAGUGAGAGGUGGAUGGAGGUUGGAGAUGAGAUUAGGAAUGUCAGUGUUGCAUAUGGCGCGGAUGGGGAGGAUGAUAGUGGGAGUGAUAGGGGAUACGAGGGGUAUGGAGGCAAAGGGGACGUGGAGACCGCGGAGAGGAAGCUUUGA